CUCAUCCAUAAGUAACGCGAAGUUAGCGACGACGCAAAGAGUUACUCCGGUACCGCAAUAGAAGAAACAUGUCAGAAAUACGACAGUUUUACGCAGGUCGAAACAUCUUCAUCACCGGUGGAACCGGUUUCUUGGGUAAGGCACUGGUGGAAAAGUUACUACGAAGCUGUGAAGAAAUCGGAACCGUCUACCUUCUGAUCCGCGGAAAGAAAGGAAAAACUACACAAGAGCGAAUGGAUUCUCUGCUUCUCGAACCGGUGUUCGACGUUUUGCGGACCAGCUCUCCGGACUUUUCGAAGAAGUUGGUUCCAGUUGCCGGUGACGUAGCCUCCGAAGGACUGGGAUUAUCGGCAGAGGAUCGCGAGCGCAUCGUCGACGAGGUAUCCGUCAUCUUCCACGCAGCUGCCACGGUGCGUUUUACCGAAAGACUGGACAAAGCGAUUCCCUUGAACGUCAACGGCGUUAAAUACGUGCUGGACAUUGCCAAAGCGUGCAAGAACCUGGCGGUCGGCGUCCACCUGUCAACUGCUUUCAGCAACUGCGUUCUCAGUAGCAUCGACGAAAAGUUGUACGUUCCGCCAUUGAGCUACAGGGAGGCGAACGACCUCUGCGAAAGCUUGAAGAACACCGAGAUGUCGGAAGGCGACAUGGAAUCCUUUACGAAAUCAGUAUUGAAAGGAUGGCCGAACACUUACACCUUUACCAAGGCUAUCGGCGAAGGUGUCGUCGCCGAAUUCGCUGGAGAAUUGCCGUUCGCAGUUUUCAGACCAUCGAUCGUGAUUAAUUCAUACGAGGAGCCAAUGCCGGGUUGGAUUUCUGGCAUUGCUGGGUUUCCAGCGAUUACAUGUGCAUCUGGUCUUGGCUUAAAUCACAUCGGUUUCUAUGAUUCUGAUGCGAAAAUGGACCUAGUUCCAGUGGAUUAUGUCUGCAACGCUUUAAUUUCUUCCGCGUGGGAAACAGCCGUCACUAAAAAAAGGCACCAUGAGAAUAUUCCUGUCUACAAUUAUGUCGGCGGAAAUGAGAAACCCAUCACUUGCGGCCAGUGCAUAGGGGAUUGCAUGCGUUAUCAUCAUGAAAACCCAUCAGUGCAAUUGAUCUACUAUCCUUUCAUGGUCAUAACAACGUCAAGAUUUGUUUUGAGUCUAUUACAAUUUUUUCUGCAUACUGUGCCGGCGUUCGUAAUUGACGGCGUCGCAAGAUUGUUAGGAAAACAGCCGCGGAUCGUUCAUUAUUUCAGGAUGCAAAAGCUUGCGACUAUGUUAGGGAAUGCGUGGAUCACCAUAGGAUAUUUUCUGACGAAGGAAUGGGACUUCGAAACUCAUCGAGUUCGGAGCCUUUGGCAACGAAUUGGGCCUACGGACAAGAAGGAAUUUCCUUUCAGUAUGCAAGAAGUCGACUGGGAGAAAUAUUGUAUACGUAUAGUUGGCGGUCUCAAAAAGUAUGUAGCAAACGAUCCUCCUGGAAAUGAAGACAAAGCGAAACGACGAUACAUUUACUUUUACAUCGUCCAUUCGAUGGUUCGUCUCGCCUUAUAUUCCUUCGCUCUUUGGCUCGUAUGGAAAAUAUUUUGGUAACACGGCGUUCCGCCUUGUUCGAGAACGUACCAGAUGAUCACUAGGUUGACGAACGCACCGCAAAAAGUAACAAAGAAUUUCGCAAUAUUUCGCAUGGAUUGGGAUUACAAGUUGUUGAUAUGUUGGAUCCAUUGAAACUAGCCAAGCAACGCCCUCCGAAACAAAAAACUCAUGUUUAAUCGAAUAAACGAGGCGUGAUUCUGCUGAUUAGUAAUAAAUUUGAUAUCCUGGAUAUU